GAUUGUAUAAUGAUUUCAUAGCAUUCUACAUUGUUUGCUGUUGCAAAAAUGUAAAGGUGAACGGUAACUCCAACAGGAAUUUUCUCCCGCUAGGCCUCGCUUGAAAGGUUACUGUUCCAGAGACAUCCAAUUGGUUUUUGGUAACUUUUCUUCCGGAUUACCACCAGGGCAUGAAGUUGCGAUAGUGUAUAAUAUUUCAAAUCUUCUUCGUUUUUCUUUAACACCAACUGAGCACCAUAUCGGCUUUCUUGUGGYUGUAACAUGGCAGGUUUGACUACCAUUGCCGCUUCGAUGCCAGGGGUCUUCGUUAGUAAAAAGAAGCUGAUUUUUCUUGGCCUUUUUGUUCUUGCACUUGUGAUCAUUGUGAUUAUUCUUGCCGCCUUAUUGGGAAAGGCAAAUUCUAAGCUUGAAAUGCAGCAGAAAGAUGGAGUAGAUGAUAGAAAGGAAGGAGGGAAAACSACUGGAAGCUCGCCAACCAAACCAGUUCCUACCACGCCAGGAACAGAGGCCUGGUGGGAUGUUCGUCUUCCAAAGAACAUCAUUCCCGUCCAUUAUGACGUGUUACUUGAUAUUGACCUAGAAAAAUAUCGCUUUGACGGCAAUGUAGCGAUUAUGGCCAAUGUGACGUCAUCUACGAAUCUUGUGUUGGUCCAUUCGAACAAGAUGAACGUCACGUCAGCUAAGGUUUCGACAUAUGCAGAAGGCUCCGCCAAAAAGGAGUUAAGCAUCGUAAAGCACUUCUGGUUCAAAAAGAACCAGUUUUAUGUCAUACAGUUGGAAGAUAAUUUGGAACCUGGUCAGAUUGUCAUCAAAAUGACAUUUGAGGCGUUCUUAACCGAUGGUCUUGCUGGUCUGUAUAGAAGUAGCUAUAAACACGCUGACGGCACCAACGUCACUAUUGCGACCACACAAUUUCAACCAACCGAUGCACGAAUGGCUUUUCCGUGCUUUGAUGAACCAGCGCUGAAGGCGACCUUUUCAGUGGUGCUAGUCCAUCGUCCUGACUUCAUAGCUCUUUCUUGCAUGCCUAUAAACAAGACCGAAGUAAAAGACAACAAAAGAUACGACUAUUUUGAAAAGACGGUAGUAAUGCCAACAUAUCUAUUGGCUUUUGUCGUCUGUGAUUUUGCCUAUAAAGAGAUUAUUACCGAGAACAAUGUAACGAUGCGAUUCUACGCUCCAAAAGACAAAAUCGAUCAAGUAGACUACGCUAAAAGUGUUGGCGGGAAAAUGAUGACAUAUUUUGAAAAAUUUUAUGGGAUUCGUUAUCCUUUACCGAAAGCUGAUAUGAUAGCGAUUCCUGACUUCGCGGCUGGCGCUAUGGAGAACUGGGGACUUAUUACUUAUCGUGAAACUGCGUUGCUAUGGAAGAACGGCUCAUCAUCAGAAUCAAAUAAACAAAGAGUUGCUACGGUGAUAUCCCAUGAACUUGUUCAUCAGUGGUUUGGUAACCUGGUCACCAUGAAGUGGUGGGAUGAUCUGUGGUUGAAUGAAGGCUUUGCAAGCUUCGUGGAGUAUGAUGGUGUUAAUGAAGUUGAACCUACCUGGGCUAUGGAUGACCARUUUGUGAUAGCGGACAUGGCAUCUGCAUUUAAUCUUGAUGGGCUGUCAUCAUCGCAUCCAAUUAAAGUCGAUGUCAAUCAUCCUGAUGAAAUCAACGAGAUAUUUGAUUCGAUCUCUUAUAACAAGGGUGCCUCCAUUCUACGCAUGCUACAAAGUAUACUUGGCAAAGAUGUCUUUCAAAAAGGGCUCACCCAAUACCUGAAGAAACACGCGUAUGGAAAUGCCGAGACAGAUGAUCUAUGGAAAGCAUUAAGACAGGAAAGCUGUGCACGCAAACCCAAAUGUAUAGAUGUCAAGAAAAUCAUGGACACAUGGACGCUACAGAUGGGUUACCCAGUACUAAAUAUGGAAAAGAAAAACAAUACGCAUUAUCACGUGACACAGAGCCACUUCCUCUACAACCCUGCAGCAAAUGUCAGCGCCUCAAAAUACAAAUCGCCAUUUAAUUAUAGCUGGGAGGUGCCAUUUACAUACAAGAUCAGUUCCCAGGCAGGACCUCAUGAAGUACUGAUGGAGAAAGGCKCUGUUGAUAUCGAAUAUAACGGGAAAGAAUGGAUCAAAGGUAACUUUGGACAACAUGGUUUUUAUCGUGUGAAUUACCCACCAGAAAUUUGGAUAAAGCUUACAGAUCAACUGAAAACCAAUCACACGGUCUGGUCAAUUUCUGAUCGUGCAGGACUCAUCGCAGAUGCUUUCAAUUUAGCCAGGGCCACAAUGGUUAAUUAUACUGUUGCCUUGGAGACGACUAGUUAUAUAAGAAAUGAAACUGACUGGGUUCCCAUGGAAGCUGCAGACAAAGGCUUCAACUACAUCUUUUCGCUUUUGUCGAACACUCGACCUGCCUACAAGCACUUGACGAAAUACCUCAAAUAUCAAACAGAACCAUUAUAUCAAACACUAGGCUUUAAAGACGAGGGMUCUCAUUUAGACAGGUAUAUGAGAUCUAAUGUGCUUCAAUACCAGUGCAGAGCAGAGGUCCAAAGUUGCCUUAAUAAAGCAAAUGAAUACUUCCAAAACUGGAUGAAAGAUCCUGAUGCUAAUCCAGUUCCUGCAAACUUCCGCUCUUUGGUCUACUAUUAUGGUGUAGCAAAUGGCGGCGAGGAGGAAUGGGACUUUGUAUUCGAACAAUUCCAAAAGAGUAACGUUGCAUCUGAGAAAAUAAGGCUUAUGUACGGUAUGGCGGCUUCUAAAGAAUCCUGGAUUUUAGAGCGUUACCUAAAAUACUCUUUAGACCCUACCAAAAUUCGUGCCCAGGACUCUAUUCGAGUUGCCUCAUACGUGGCCAACUACAACGACAUUGGUGGACAGAUUGCAUGGAACUUUUUACAAUUAAACUGGGAUACUUACAGAAAAAGAUAUGGUAGCGGUUUCUUUGCGUUUGGUAACCUGAUACGGUCUGUAACUAGAGGGUUUAAUAGUGAAUAUCAACUCAAGGAGCUUAUUGCUUUUAACGAAAAGAACAAGGAUGCCGGCUCAGGGGCGCGGGCUCAGAAACAAGCCGUUGAUCGAGUGAAAGCAAAUAUCAAAUGGCUGAAAAGCAACGAGCAAGAAGUAGAGGAAUGGUUGGAAAAGUUUCUGAAAGACAAAAAGAUACCUUAAAAAAAUGUUUCAUGCCUAGCUUUUUAGUGAAAUACGUAUUUCGUUUUUAUCCGGAAUUUAUGAUUGUCUUUCUUUUCAUGCGAUGAAAAUUUAGAAGCAGGUACUAAUAGACGAUUUUUCUAGUGAAAGAUGUAUAUGCAAAACGUAUUUUGGGGCGAUUAUAUGGAAACCAGUGAUCGGUCCAUGAUAUUGCAAUACAUAUCUCCUAUUUUUCGAUUGACCUUUUUUUAUUAUUUUUUAUGUUUAUAUUAUGUUUUUUACUUUGAUUUCAGUUAAUAUUUGACAUGAUGUAUUUCUUGUAGAAAUCAUCAAAGUGUUAUGUAUAGUACAUGCUACAUAAGUUUGAAACAAUUCUAGCACCUAAUAAAAUUAGUUAUCAACUAACUAAUUUAGAGAGGUAUAAACAAAGACAAUUUUCUAGAGUAAAGUCAUUAGGGCGAAGUCAUGAAACCUGUGAAACAGAAUUUGACUAUUUUAAAAAGUGCGAUAGUCAAAUAGACACAAAAGAAAAGACUACAAUUAGUGUGUGCUAGAUACUAAAAGGCGUAUCAGURUAAUAUCAUUUCAGGGUUUUUUUUACUUAACUCUAAAUCCGUGAGACAAAACUAGACUAUUAAAAUGUGAUAGCCAAAGAAAACAACAGAAUUAGAGUAUACUAAGUUGUAUAUUAAGCGUAAUGUCUAUUUCACUUUUUUUUUUACUUCAGUCUAUCUGGCAUUGUGUCCAUACACCAGGGAAUUCUUAGUUGAUAACUAAAKCCUAUUAGCUGUUGAUUGUCAAAAAUUGUUUCGCACUUUUGUGGAAAGCUCGAUUUUUUCUAUGAAUAAAGGUUUUUCUUAUAUACUAAC